CCUCCAUCUCCGUUGCUCCUUUCCCUCUCCUUCUCUGCCGCUCUGCCUCCGCCGCUCUUCUCUUCUUCUCCUCCCUCUCUAUUUCUUCUUGCUUGAUUCCUUUUCUUCUUCCUUGCCUGAUUGAUUCCCCGUUUCGUCCCUUCCUUCUUCCUUAUUUUUUUAAUUUUAAUUUUAAUUGUUAAUUUUUUUGCCUUUUUUUUUGGCCAUUUUGAGAGGUGCAUCGGUUUGUGAGGUCACCGGCUGGGAAAUUUGACGAGUUUGUGGAGAGGAGGAGGUUGAUGUGAGGAACAGGAGGAGUUGGAGGAGGUUGGAAUCGGUGGAGACUGGGAAGGGGGGCGAGGCAAGAGGCGUGGUUGUUGCGGAGGAGCCGGGGUUGGCUCUGGACGCAGAGAGAUGGGAAGGAAGGAAGGAAGGGAAGGUCGUGCAUAGGGAUUGGACGAGAGAGAAGAUUAUGUUGUACAUGGUGGUGGUGGGAAGGGUUGGAAGAGGUGGUGCCUCUUGGAAGCGUUGUUUUCUAAAGGUUGUGUUAACAUAAGGAGCGCAGUUCCUUCCGUGUCAUUUUGCUAAGAUCUCCCUUGGGCAGCGCAUCUGAGUCCAUCCAUUCUGAUAGUGUUUCACUAGGGUGUGAGAAGGUAUUCGCGGGGUCAGCUGAUGGGCUCGUUUGAGGUAUUACAUUGGUAACGACCAGGUGUAGUGAAGAACGGCUUUGGAGGAGAGGGGAGAAACUCUGCGAAGUGGUUAAGUAUGAAUGAAGCGUGGAGGGGAAAUGGAGGGAAGAGGAGAUGGUGAUGAGUGGAGCUUGUGGCAAGAGGUGAUGCCGUCAUCGUUGCCAUGCAUGUGAUGUGCGGGGUGUAGUAGUUAGCUUCGACUGAUAACUGAAUAUUGUUGUCACUCAUACUUUUCGGCAUUUAGAACUUCCGUAACGGGUACGGUCACCUGCAGCCAGGGGAUGCUGCUCGAGUUAUAGAGCUACCAAAUUUAGGCACAGAAACGUGAAGUGUAGUUUUACUCUGGGAGUGGUGCGCCUUCUAUGGCAUCUGCAACUGCCGGUGUGACUAGCAGCACAAAUAUGAUUGGAGGAGGAGCCCCAAUCAAAGCAGGUUCUAGCGGCGUAGAAUCAUUACCGAAAGAAAUGCACGACAUGAAGCUCAGGGAUGAGAAAGUUGACCAUAGCGAUGAUAAGGAAAUCGAGGCGUCAGUAGUAGCUGGGAAUGGCACGGAGACUGGCCAUAUCAUAGCUACCACAAUUGGAGGGCGAAAUGGGCAACCUAAGCAGACUAUUAGCUACUGUGCAGAACGAGUUGUUGGCACUGGAUCAUUCGGGAUCGUUUUCCAGGCGAAGUGUAUCGAAACUGCGGAGACGGUGGCGAUCAAGAAAGUGCUACAAGACAAACGAUACAAGAAUCGCGAGCUGCAGAUCAUGCGACUUUUUGACCACCCGAACAUUGUAGCUCUAAAACACUGCUUCUUUUCGACGACGGAUAAAGAUGAACUGUAUUUGAACCUGGUGCUGGAAUAUGUGCCUGAGACGGUGUAUCGUAUUGCAAAGCACUACAAUCGCAUGAACCAACGGAUGCCUCUUCUAUACGUAAAGUUGUACACUUAUCAGAUCUGCCGGUCUUUGGCGUAUAUUCAUAACGGCAUUGGUGUGUGUCACCGAGACAUCAAGCCACAGAACCUGCUGGUGAAUCCCCAUACGCAUCAACUGAAACUGUGUGACUUUGGCAGCGCCAAAGUUCUGGUGAAAGGGGAGCCCAAUAUUUCGUACAUUUGUUCACGGUACUACCGUGCUCCUGAGCUGAUUUUUGGAGCGACAGAGUACACGACUGCCAUCGAUAUAUGGUCGAUGGGAUGCGUGAUGGCUGAACUCCUUCUGGGACAGCCUCUGUUCCCCGGAGAGAGUGGAGUAGAUCAAUUGGUGGAGAUUAUUAAGGUGUUGGGGACACCGACUCGUGAGGAGAUCAAGUGCAUGAAUCCGAACUACACGGAGUUCAAGUUUCCGCAAAUCAAGGCUCACCCAUGGCACAAAGUAUUCCAUAAACGCAUGCCACCAGAAGCAGUCGACCUGGUUUCAAGACUUCUACAGUACUCUCCAAAUCUGCGAUGCAAUGCUCUGGAAGCGUGUGUGCACCCUUUCUUUGAUGAGUUAAGGGAUCCUAACUGCCGCCUGCCGAACGGACGGCCACUUCCGCCUCUGUUCAAUUUCAAACCUCAAGAGUUGAAAGGUGCAACUCCUGAUAUUCUGCAUCGUUUGAUACCCGAGCAUGCUCGGAAGCAAAAUCCGAUGCUGGCUCUGUGAGGGGUAUUUCGGAAGUCUACGGAAGACUGCUGCGUGAAAAUAUUUCCUCCGGUAGAGGUUGUCCGCUUUGUGGAAGCGUUUCGCAGGCACUUUUCUGUCUAAUGUAAACACGUUGAGGGCCGAGUGUGCUUUGAACUCCUGCUUUUUCUCUUGUAUUGGAGUAAAACGCUGUAGCAUUUCACAGUUGUUACGAGUGAUGGUCCUGUGGUAGUGAAGGUGUGCGGAUAUGAUUCUGUUGUACCUCAGGACGAUUAAGGAUUUUAGGAAUUUGCAAAGCUUC